AUGCCAGGACGGCCGAAAUCCACGGUAUGGCACCUACCCAAGCCCACGUCGCACCCCCUGCGAUCGUAUAUCCGCGUCCGCAUCCCCCACGCGAUCAACACGCUGACGGGACUGCCCACCCGAAACCAAGGCGCACGCCAACCGGGCCCCCCCGGGCGGAACGGCCUACCGAGCCCACCCUUCCUCCCACCCCAUUUCCUCUUCCAUCUCCCAUACACAGCUCCCACCCCCAUCCAACUCCUCUCCCUUUCACUCUCCUUAGGCUAUCCGUUUAACACCACUCCCGACUCCCCACUGCGACUCAGCUCAUAUGUCAUCAGAUCGCCCCUACCUAUCGCACACCGACCUAACGAAGAGAACCCAAACCUCAAACAAAGCCAACCCACAGUAAGCCCCAAACAAACGAACCUCGCACGUCUCUCCGCUCAUUCUUCUUCCGCCCCGACCUCGAGUCCCUCCCCCAACAAGCUUCCCUCUCAGCCGUCCCUACAAGCGGCGACCAGUCCACAAACUUCCUCCAUCCCUCACUCCCCGACCCUCCCCCCGCUCAGCAACACCAAUCACCUACAAACCCUACCAGGUCAACUGCCAAUAGACACCCGACACCAUGAGGGCACCACAAACGUUACCAAAUCCGCGGUCAAACUAAGGUGGAAGCCCCAAAUUAGGCCGCAGAAAACAGCGCCCCUUCAACAUAAGCCAGAGGGUCACCAGCCCUCCAUCCCCCCGAUCCCCGUACGAAUCUCUCCCCGCCCCAAACAACCACCCAGCCCCACACCCACCCCUCCCUUUCCAGGCCACCUCCCCACUCCCUCUCCUCUCGCCGGGAACGCCUCCGGUCUCUCCACUCCGCCACCCCCACCGCGGCCCCGCAUCUCCUCCCCGUCAGGCCCACCGCGACCCCGGCAUCCCCCCCUCCUCAUACCCACUCCACUGAGCCGUCCGCGCCCAAGAACCGUCGCCCGUCGCCGCCUCCUCCGGCUCGGGAAGCCAUCCUCGCUCUCGGAACGUCCGCCCAGGACCGACCCCCCCCCCUCUCCAGCCCAGCGAAACUCGAAACUCUACACAUCAUCCCCUCCUCAAACCACCAACACCGAUCUCCGCUCCUCACUCUUCCCCCUUCUCGCCGCCCCGCCUCCAUUCUCGCCCCCCCCAGCCCCCAGACCCGGUGACUGGACGGACGCCCCCCACCACCCACGGCUCCCACUCCGCCCACGCCACCACCAACAUCGCCAUCACUCCAUCUCCGCCCAUCAUGAUCAUCCGGACUCGACUUCCCCUCUCUCCCCCCUCGACGCACAAGCCGCACCUCCCAGCGCCUAUCCAAAAACACGCCCUCCACCCUCGAUCAACCCACCCACAAAACAAGAGUUACCGCACCUCGUCGGUGCCCCCACUAUCAGCCUCCGCCUCAUUUCGUGCCCCGGCACAACCCCUGGCGCCCGCACCCCACACCGAAAUCAAGCGCGCCCCGGCACCACAGGCCCCCCCAAACGACAGGCUCUAGAUCCGCACGCCCACAGCGCCUCAACACCGCCCCCGAACCUCACACCAUUCGAUCUCCCGCGGCGGCGCGACAGCCUCACCUCCCUGCGGCGCAAUCAGCUCUCCCGCGACACCUCCGAACACCAGAACGCCACUCUCUCCCGCGACGAGGCCACACGCACCCCCAUACUGGCCCAACGUCCCCGACCAAAAGAUACCCACUGGACCCCACUCUACGGCACCGAACGCCCCUCGACUCUCUAUCAAACAACCCAACGCCCCCGCCUCCUCACUCGCCACCACCCACAGCUCCGCAGACCCCCCCCACACGUUAUCCCUUCCUCACCUGGACUUCACCUUCCUAAAACAUCCCCGCCGGACACCCUCACCAUCACCAGGCGCAAAAAUCGCCACGCUCAACGCGAUCCAAUAAGAGGAGCUUCGACGCCAUCAUCCCAACGCCUGCCGGCCGGGCACGCACUCCAAGAGAGGGAUGCGCAACAGCCACACCCGGUGGGAAAACCCGCACCCCACGAAUUCUCGUUAGGACAAACCACCCCGGUCUCUAGCCCGCAACCCGCCCCCGACCCCACCCCAGCGACCAAACUGUUCCGAACAACAUCCCCACUACAUCGCAACCAGUCACCACCACAUAUCCUUCUCUAG